AUGGAUUAGAAGUUAGUAGCUGACAUUUUACAAGCCGAGAUUUAAGUAGGCCGCAAAAUUAAGUAGAAUUAAAACAACUUAAAGCAAUUCUCAGAGUUCAAUCCUGAACAUGCAUUCGAAACUUUGAAGAAGUUUUACAUAAACUCUUACAAUUUGAAUAGCUAACAACUUUAAAACUCUAUGGCUCAGUCUAGGUUCUCUAAUGUUCCUGGUUCAGCAUACAAGGGAGUUGUUGAUAUCGAAAAACUCACUUUGCUUUAUAGACAAUAUGAGGAAACUGUUUCUUCUUUUGAAAUUUAGGCAAUUCUUUCUCGCCAUAGUGCUGCAAGUGAUAAGGGAAUGGAUUAUGAUUGCUUUUUGAAGUUUAUUGGAUUCAAUCUUGGAGAUACAAAACGCAAAAACACCAUUUUCGAUUCUUAAGCAAGAACAGAAAGAUCUUUAACUGAACGUUGUAUGAAGGCUCUCUCAAGUAUCUUCCUUCUUGAAUUAGAUUUGCUUCGUUUCACAGAAGUUCAUAAAGUUAGCUUAGUUAAUAACUAUGGAUUUGACUCUGCUAGCUUCUUUGCUUAAAUUGAUUAUAGAAAUCAAUCAUAAAUUGACUUUGAGUUAUUAUAAUAAUUCUUUAGAAGAAAUGGUCAAGAAAUAUCUCUUUAGGACUACUAAAUUCUCCUUUCCAGACUCAAAAGAAACAAAUAGUAGGAAAAUCAGUUCAUUAAUCGUUAAGAAUUCAUUUAGUUGAUCAGUCCUCAACUUCCUUACAGAGGAAAGAAUUAGUAGGGUUAGUCAGUUCUUUUCCAAAGUCAAGCUGGUUAAAAGUCUUAGGUCCUAGGAUCCAACGAAAAAACAGUAAGAUUCCAAGACCAAUCUGUUGUUCACAAUAUUAAUCAAAGCAGCAACAAUGUGUUGGCUCAAUCUCAAAAUGUUAAUUUGAUAAAUUAAUAACAAAGCUAAAUUUUAUCAGGUGGCAAUACUAAGAUUCUAUAGUCUCAAGUCUAAUAAGAUGCACUUAAUUCUAACUACAUCUAAAAUGGAUCACUUGGUUUAACUUAAAGAUAUGAACCUAGAAUGAGCUAGGUUGUUUCUGAAUAGAAAAACUACGCUUUUAACUAAUUUGAUUAGUAGUAGCAACAAUAAUAGCCUUUAUACAAUUAACAAUCUUAGAUUCUUGUUUAAUAACCCCAAUAGGUCUUCUAAUAAUAACCCUAAACUAUUAUAUAGCAAUAACCUUUAUUACAAUCUUAGCCUAUAUUUUUAUAGAGUACUUAGUUUGCUUCUCCUCAAAACCCCUAAGUUUUUGCUCAAUAAGGAGUCUAGGGAUAAGUUGGACUACCAUUAAUUCCUGGUUAGCAACAAAGCAUCAUUAUUGGAGAAAUUCCUCCUCCACCUCCUGGAUACGUAUUGGUUUAGAACCCUCCACAAACUGUAUUAUUACCUCCACCUAUCUAGUAAUAAGGAUUUGAUCCUUAAUUUAACAAUACUGCUUUGCAAUAACAAUAAUUUUAACACCAAUAAGAACCUUAAAAUGAUAACAGAUUGCUAAAUGAAAAACGCCCUAACGCUGUCCUUGAAGCUAUGAAUUAAAUUCUCCAAAAGGAUAAUGAUAAACUAAAAAGAGAUAAUGAGGAGUUACUCCAAAAAGUUUUGAAAUACGAACAAUACCAACAAAGAGAAUCCGAGGAAGAAUAAAAAAGAUAAAGAGAAGCUGAACAAAAAAGAUAGCAAUAACAAUAAGAAUAAGAAGAAUAGCAAAGAAAGCAAUAAUUCCUUCAAUUCUAGCAGUAAUAAAAUUAAUUAUCCCAUGUUGUUAAAUUCCCUACUCAUGUUACAUUUGGUGUUCCUCCUAAUCAAAUUAAUUAACCUGGCGUUAGUGUCUAGAGUGUGCCUCUAAAUCAUCAAAUUAUUUAAUCACCUGUCCAAUCUUAAAUUUUAGCUUCUCCUCCUAUGAGUCCAAUUAGACUAGUCCCAGCUGCUAUUCAACCUCCUGAAAUCUAAUAAAGAGAGUCAGUUAUUGCUUAGUAACUUAUUUCUUCAUAACCUCCUCAACCUUAAGCUCCCACUUACAUCCUCGAUCCUAAAUAGGUACCUACAUAUGUAGUAAAUGAUCAACCUUUUAUAGUCAAUUAGCAACCUACUUCUUAGUUCGCUCCAAAUUUAUUACCUAAAUACAACCCUCAAAAUCUCGAAAUCAGAGAGGCUAUAAACUAAUAAUUCCUUCCUCCUUUGCCAUUCAUCUAGUAAGGUUUUAGCACUCAUUCAAAAAAUCAACCUGUUUAGGAUCCCUAUAAUGGAUAGGCUGUUACCUCUCACUAUCCAAACAGAUUAAAUUAUUGA